AUGGUAUCCAAGAGAACAAGGGAGGAUGACGACCUGUCAGAAGAAGAAGAUAUCAACAUUGCUAAUGACAUCGCCUUAAAUUCUAGUGAUAGCGACGAAAGUAACGAUGAAGACUCAGGUUCAGAUUACGAAAAUGUCCAAGAUAUAGUUGAAUUCUCUGACGAUGAUGAUGAUACCAGUUCUAAGGGCAAGACAGUAAAGCCUAAGGAACAGAAAAAGGCUGUUCAAAAGAAAGUUCCAGAUAUUAACAGUUUUCCAAGUCUUGAUUUAUCAGACGAAGAAGGUAAUCAGAAAUCCGAUGAUGACAAUAUUAAUGACUAUUUCAAUUCUACAAUGCAAGCAGCUGCUGCCAAGUACAAAAAAGGUUCCUUUGGUAGUUUUGGGUUAUCGAGCUUUGUGUUAAAUAAUAUUUCCAAGAAAGGGUUCCGCCAGCCUACGCCUAUUCAAAGAAAGACCAUUCCUCUAAUUUUGCAGAAUAGAGAUAUUGUGGGAAUGGCUCGUACUGGUUCAGGUAAGACAGCAGCGUUUAUACUGCCUAUUAUUGAAAAGUUAAAAGCACAUUCUGCUAAGAUCGGUGCGCGUGCAGUGAUUUUAUCACCAUCAAGAGAAUUGGCUAUGCAAACCCAUAAGGUUUUCAAAGAGUUUUCUAAGGGUUCUGAUCUACGUUCAGUUCUUCUUACAGGUGGUGAUUCAUUAGAGGAGCAAUUUUCUAUGAUGAUGAGCAAUCCAGAUGUGGUCAUUGCUACACCAGGUCGUUUUUUGCACUUGAAGGUUGAAAUGAACUUAGACCUUCAAAGUGUUGAAUACGCUGUGUUUGAUGAGGCUGAUAGAUUGUUCGAAAUGGGUUUUCAAGAGCAGUUGAACGAGCUACUUGCUGCAUUGCCUUCCAACAGGCAAACAUUGUUGUUCUCCGCCACUUUGCCAAGUACUUUGGUUGACUUUACCAAAGCCCGUUUGACUAACCCUGUAUUAGUUCGUCUAGAUACAGAAUCCAAGAUUCCAGAAAAUUUAGAAAUGUUAUUCUUGAGUUGUAAAAAUGAAGAACGUGAAGCAAACCUGUUAUACUUGAUCCAAGACGUUAUCAAGAUUCCAACGGCUACGGAGGAGCAACUUUCUGUGUUUAAGAGGGAGGGUCAUGCAAGUGACGACGAAAGCGAUGACGAUAAAGAUAAGAAGAAGACGAAGCAGAAGAAACCUAAGAGGAGAUUACCCUCUGCCAAAGAUUUGCCAUGUGAGAAAUCAACAAUUGUCUUUGUGCCAACUCGUCAUCAUGUGGAAUACAUUACAAAUCUGUUAACUGGAUGUGGUUACCUGGUUUCUUAUAUUUAUGGUACUUUGGAUCAACAUGCUCGUAGGCAACAGUUAUACAAUUUUCGCAGUGGAUUGACGCCCAUCAUGGUUGUUACUGAUGUUGCUGCUAGAGGUGUGGAUAUUCCUCUAUUGGCAAAUGUUAUUAACAUGUCAUUGCCUACCUCUUCUAAAGUAUUUAUCCAUCGUGUUGGUAGAACCGCUCGUGCAGGUAACAAAGGUUGGGCUUAUUCAAUUGUUUCUGAAAACGAACUAGCAUAUUUGUUGGACUUAGAGUUGUUCCUAGGUAAGAAGAUCUUAUUGACACCUAUGUACGAGGGCAACUGUGAACUACUGAGAAAGAAAUGGAUUGCAGAAGGUAAAGAUGAAUCGACUUUCACGAAGCCAAAGGUAUCCUACGUUAACAGAAUGGUUUUGGGUUCUGCUCCACGUACUGAGUUGGACUCUUUUUCAGAUAUGGUCACCAGCAUGCUUGAUAACAACUUCGAUCUACGUACACUGAAGGGUGUCUCAUUGAAGGCAGAAAAGCUAUAUUUCAGAACCAGAGUAGCUGCAUCGCCGGAAUCCAUCAAAAGAGCUAAAGAGGUUAUGCGUUCAGGUUGGGAAGAACAGCACUUAUACUUUGGUAGAAACCUUGAGAAAGAGAAAUUGGACUUCCUUGCUAAACUGCAAAACAGAAGGAAUAAGGAAACCGUUUUUGAGUUUGGAAGGAAUCAGGAUGAUGAAAUGGCCAUAUUCAUGAAGAAGAGAAGGAAGCAGAUUGCUCCAAUUCAACGUAAAGCAAAGGAAAGACAAGAACUACUUGAAAAAGAGAGAAUGUCAGGGCUAAGGAACACUAUUGAAGAAGAUAUUUUGAAGGGCGGUGAUGAAGAGGUAGGCUAUUCAGUUCCAACCGAAGUCUUGAAUCAAUUUGAAGAUGCAGACCAUAUUCUAGAACAGCAGUCUUCCAAGAAACGUAAAACAUUUAAAGAUCCAAGCUUUUAUAUGUCGCACUUCGCACCUGCUGGCGAUAUCCAAGACAAGCAGUUGCAAUUGACAACAGGCUUCACUAAUGAUGUUGGCCAAGCUACUUUUGAUUUAGGAAACGAUGACAAAAUCCAGGUUCAUAAGCAGACGCAAAACGUCAAGUGGGACAAGAAAAGGAAGAAGUACAUCAAUGCCACUGGAAGUGACAACAAAAAGUACAUUAUCGGUGAAUCCGGACAACGUAUUCCAGCAUCUUAUAGAUCAGGCAAAUUUGCUGAAUGGUCCAAGGCUAGAAAACUUGCACCAUUGAAGGUUGGUGCUAGAGAAUCAAGUAUUCCAUCUAAUCUAUUAGGUAACCCAACAAGUACCAGGCAGUCCAAUGGUAGGUUCAAGCACAAGCAAAUAAAGGCUCCAAAGCUUCCCGACAAGCAUAGAGAUGAUUACAAGUCUCAAUUAGUGAAGGUCAAAAAGGCAAUUGAAAAUAAUGUAGAUGUCAAGGGCUACACCGGACCUGGUAGAAAGCCUGAAUUGAAGACAACCGAACAAAUUUCAAGACAGAGAUUGCAAAAGGAGAAGAGGCGUGCUAAGAAUGCCCGUCCAGCUAAGAAAAGGAAGUUCUAA